AUGUCCAACUCGGGGAUGGAAGCCUUCUCCGCGGAGGAGGAUGUGACAGAGGACCUGUAUGACAAGGCCUUUGCGCUGAACACACGCGCCCAGUUCUUCAUCGCCCAGCAUGCUCUGAAGUACGGCUCUGAGGGGGGCCGUCUGAUCCUGAUCUCGCCGCCGUCGAAGGUUUUACUCGCAGCUUCGCUUGCUGACUGUGGUCCUAAGAAGAUGACCGUCAACGCGGUGGCCCUUGGAGGUAUUCUGACCGACAUGUAUCUCGAGAACUCGUGGUACUACGCCCCCAAUGGUUAUCCUGGUAUGCCUAUGGAGCAGAUUGAUAAGGGUAUCGCCAGCCUGCCUCGGAAGAGGGGGAAUGGAUUAAUGGCCAAGUGA